AUGGGGAAAAAAGGAGGCUGGUUUUAUAGUGUGAAGAAAGUCUUAAGCCUUGAAUCCAACAAAGAUGAGAAAUCUCAAAAAUCAAAGAAAAAAUGGGCAACAACGCAAGAGGGAACUCAGGGCGUCAAGUUAAUCAAAUCAGAAAAUGAACAAUGCAAAAAUGCCAACUCCGUCGCUCUCGCCACCACCAUGGUGGCGGCGGUCGCGGCCACUCAGGCGGCGGUCGAAGUUUUCCGCCUUACUAAGGUGCCACUCCACCCCAGGAAAUCAAGGAAGGAAAUAGCUAUCAUUAUGAUUCAAAAGUAUUUUAGAGGAUACUUGGCUCGGAAGAAAUUGCGAGCUUUGAAAGGGUUGGUGAGGUUAAAAUCAUUAAUCGAAGGGCAAUCAGUAAAACGGCAGGCGACGACAGCGCUAAGAUGCAUGCGGUCGGUCGCUCGAGUGAGGUCGCAUGUUCGGACAAGGCAGAUUUUAAUGUCCGAACAAAACCGAUCACUCCAAAAGCAGAUUCAACAAAAACACGAGAAAGAGUCGCAAAGGUCGAAAUCCAGUACGGGAGAUGAUUUUAAUGUCAGCACCAAGUCGAAGGAGCAAAUGGCGGCUAAAGAACAAUAUAGACUAAAAGCAGCAAUGCGAAGAGAGAAAGCUUUAGCUUACUCAUUUAGUCGCCAGAGACCGUGGAAGAAUCCUUUAAAACCAGUGAAUCAAACAUUUUUGGAUCAGAAUUAUCCCGAGUGGAGUUGGAGUUGGUUAGAGCGAUGGAUGGCAGCUCGGCCAUGGGACAUUCGAAUCACAUCGAAUAACAAUGACCGUGGCUCGAGUAAGAGUACCGGUCCUCGAAUCCCUAAAGCAAAGUCUCAAAUUGAGCCCAACAACGAUAACGAUAAACGAUCUCCAACACCGGCAAAACCGAUUCGACCACCAAUCCACCGGUCCACUUCAACACCACCCUCUAAGAUACAUUCUACUUCAUUACCUUCUAGCAAAAUAACAGUGCAAAGCCCAAGUCCGACUCGAACUUACUUGUCCGAUAGUUAUAAGAGACAUAGCAUCGGGGCCUCAUCAUCAUCAUCGACGGACUAUGAGAUCUUCGAAAGCUCACCUCCAAAUCCUAUUAACAAAACCUCAUCACAAACACCGACAAGGGGCAGACCUCGAUUGGCUAGCAAUGGAACGUCGGAUAAGGUAUCGGCAAAGCCUCCAAAUAGACGACUUUCAUUACAACCAUCACUGGCAAGGAGUCAGAGACUUUCUGGUCCUCCGAAGGUUAAUAUGUCCCCCAUUUAACUAAAA